UUGCUCAAAAAACGGAAGCGACACAAUUUUCAACGGUCUGAUCAAGACAAGUAAUUGUUAAACGAAGCAGGACUGCUUUUUUAAUUUGCUGAACAUAUCCGACGACCUCAGUAAUCUGUUGAACGUAGUAAGGUGGAUCCAAAGAAGACCAUGGAAAUAGUCAGUAUUUGCUUGACAAAUGAUUGGACAGAUUUUAAGAAAGUGUUGCAGAACUUGCUGGCAAUGGCAGAACGGGAGGAAUUGAAAGAGAGAGAUCUGUUGCAGAACUUGCUGGCAAUGGCAGAACGGUUGAAGAACUUGCUGGCAAUGGCAGAAUGGAGUUCUAUUAAUUGGCCUUUCUGGAGUUCUAUUAAUUGGCCUUUCUGGAGAUCUUUUAAUCUGCCUUUCUGGAGUUCUUUUAAUCGGCUUUUCUGGAGUUAUUCUUACUGUCUUCCAUCGAAAAACUGGCCUUUCAAUGAAACAAGUGACAGAUUCUCAAUGAUAAAGAAAAAAUUAGACAAGCUUAAUGAGACCUCAGAAGAGGCAUACUGGUUAUUGAGGAAGGCAAGAGACAGAGUCUCUGGAAUUAAAGAAGAGUUAUGCAAGCUCAAUGACAUUCUGAUUUCAAAAAAGCACAAUAUAAGAGAUGAAGAUUUUGCAAUCAUGGAAGAACUAAACAAGCUGAAUGACAUUCUGAAUUCAGAAAGAGAGAAAGUGUUACUGAGUGACAUAACAGGUGCCUUCUCUGCAAUAAAGAAAGAACUGGACAAGCUCAAUAAGAAUUUGACUUCAGAAGGAAAAAUAUGGUUUCUGUGUGAUAUUAACAAUGAAGUGUCUACAACAAGAAAGGAACUGGACAAGCUGAAUAAGAUUCUGAAUUCAGAAGUGGAAAAAGUGUUAUUGAGGAUAAUAAGAGACAGAGUCAAUAGGAUGAAGGAGGAAUUCAACGAGCUGAACAACUUUCUGAUUUCAAAAAGGAAAAUGUGGUUAGAGAGCGAUCUAAGUGAUGCAUUGACAGAGAUAAAGGAAGAGUUGAACAAGCUGAAAUAUAUUCCAAUUUCAGAAAGAGUCAGUGUAAGAUACGAAGUUGAUGCAAUAAGGGACAAACUGGACAAUCUGAAUGACUUUCUGAUUUCCGAAAAGGUGGAAUUGUUACUGAGUUAUAUAAAGGAUGCAGCCUGUGGAAUUAAAAAAGAAUUGGACAAGCUGAGCAACAAUUUAAUUUCAGAAGGACACAAUUUAAGGGAUGAAGUCUCUGCAGUCACUGAAGAAUUAAAUAAGCUGAAUGGUAUUCUGAUUUCAGAAAGAAUCAAUGUAAGAUACGAAGUUAAUGCAAUAAGGGACAAACUGGACAAUCUGAAUGACUUUCUGAUUUCCAAAAAGAUCAAUGUAAGAUACGAAGUUGAUGCAAUAAGUGCCGAACUGAAGAAACUGAGUGACUUUCUGAUUUCCGAAAGUAUCAGUGUGAGAUUCAAACUUAAUGCAAUAAGGGCCAAACUGGACAAUCUGAAUGACUUUCUGAUUUCCGAAAGGAUCAGUGUGAGAUUCAAACUUAAUGCAAUAAGGGCCAAACUGGACAAUCUGAAUGACUUUCUGAUUUCCGAAAGGAUCAGUGUGAGAUUCAAACUUAAUGCAAUAAGGGCCAAACUGGACAAUCUGAAUGACUUUCUGAUUUCCGAAAGGAUUGCUAGGCAGCUGCUUAGAGGAGCCCAUGGCUGUUGGGUAAAGGUGAAGUGGUUACUGAGUGAUAUAAAGGAUGCAACCUAUGGAAUUCAAAAAGCAUUGGACAAGCUGGAUGACAAUUUACUUUCAGAAGGUGUGAAGUGGUUACUGAGUGAUAUAAAGGAUGCAACCUAUGGAAUUCAAAAAGCAUUGGACAAGCUGGAUGACAAUUUACUUUCAGAAGGUGUGAAGUGGUUACUGAGUGAUAUAAAGGAUGCAACCUAUGGAAUUCAAAAAGCAUUGGACAAGCUGGAUGACAAUUUACUUUCAGAAGGUGUGAAGUGGUUACUGAGUGAUAUAAAGGAUGCAACCUAUGGAAUUCAAAAAGCAUUGGACAAGCUGGAUGACAAUUUACUUUCAGAAGGUGUGAAGUGGUUACUGAGUGAUAUAAAGGAUGCAACCUAUGGAAUUCAAAAAGCAUUGGACAAGCUGGAUGACAAUUUACUUUCAGAAGGUCUACUUUAUGAAGACAAUUUCCUUUUCAUUCCAUGUGAUUAUUAUUAUGUCCUGAAACAACUAGAAUCCUACAGGAAAGCAGCGCUGGAAAAAAUGGAAGAAAGAGAGACAACUUCAGCUUUUGCCAAAACAGAUCUUUGGAAUGCUUCUAACUGCAUUCCACAAAACAUGAAAGGUUCAUCAUUCGAGAAUGAGGCUUUUGUGAAGGUCCUGAUAAACAGCAAAAUCUUAAACAGCACACUGCAGAAGAACAAGAAAGACAAGUGGAUGUUGGCUAAAGGUUUACUGUCCGUGAAGAAACUGCUGGGGAAGCUGAAAAGUUUCACCACCUUUAAAAACAAAAAGCUGAAGGAAAGCAAGAAGGUGGAGAAGUGGAUUGUGGCUGAAGAUAAAACAACCAUUCUGGAAGAGUGCAAUCAUCUGGGAGGAACAGGAAAUUAUCCCAUGAAGAAAUCAAACAGCAUUGACCUUGUCAUGAACUUCUGAAGCCGCAAUAAUCAGAACAUUAUCUGAUUAUUGACAAUCUCAUCAUGGGAAUUAUCCAGCCUGAAAUUAUACUUGCCAUUUUGCUUUGUAACCGCAUGUUUCCUGCCUCAUCUCUGUGAUUUGAAAUGCAAGUGAGACAUCUCUGGCAGCUUCACAUUAAAAGUAGUUCAGCUACAGUUCAAAGUAAAGAUUAAUAUGUGAAAUUAUGCAUUCUCGUCCUUAUUGUGAGAGAAAACUGCAGUUUGUUCCAUCUGAAAAUCGAUAUGUGUAAGCAUUGAUACUGCCAGUGCACAGGGUUUGAGAUAUUUAGUUUUAAAAAUGGUAAAAUUCCUAUACUGGGGAAAAGGAUUCUCUCUCCUCUUUUUUGCUCUUACGCUGGCUGUUGGCCUUCCUCUCUUUCUCUUGGUGGAGGUUGAAUUGAAUUUAGUUUUGUUAAGUUUGACUUGUUUGCAUGGAAUGUUAUUUGCUUUUAAUGAAUUCAGUAAUAAAAAAAAUCAUUGAACUAUCUGGCUCCUCUGCCAUAUCUUAGUAUUAUUAGUCUAUUUUCAUUAUAGCCUUAUUACUUAAUUGAUUGAUGAUAUUAACAGUAGUUUUAAAGCUUUGUGAUUAAUAGUUGCCAAAUCAAAACAUGACGUAAUCAAAUAGAUUAAUUAAACAUUUAUUGAAACCUAAUUAAAAGAAGUGCCUGGCUAUUAGACAUAUGUUAUUUGCAUCAUUAAGUAAACGCAGUGUAGUCACAUAAAUACAGUAUCAUAUGUUUUAACCUCAUUUAAAUUCUGUAUUCAAUAAUCCAAAAAUAAAAAUCUUAACCUCA